AUGGAUGAUGAUGGAAAAAUCAAUACUAGUUCUAAGGGAUACUUUAUUCUGCUGGGGUUUUCUAAUUGGCCUCAUCUAGAAGUGGUGCUCUUUGUGGUUAUCUUGAUAUUCUACUUGAUGACACUCAUAGGUAACCUGUUCAUCAUCAUCCUGUCUUACCUGGACUCCCAUCUCCACACUCCCAUGUACUUCUUCCUCUCAAACCUGUCUUUUCUGGAUCUCUGCUACACCACCAGCUCCAUCCCUCAGUUGCUGGUCAACCUCUGGGAUCCGGAGAAGACCAUCUCUUAUGCUGGUUGCAUGGUUCAACUUUACUUUGCCCUUGCACUGGGAACCACAGAGUGUGUCUUACUGGUAGUGAUGUCCUAUGACCGUUAUGCAGCUGUAUGUAGACCUUUGCAUUACACUGUCCUCAUGCACCCUCGCUUCUGCCGCCUGUUGGCUGUGGCUUCUUGGCUAAGUGGUUUUAUCAACUCAGCACUUCAUUCCUCCUUUACCUUCUUGGUACCCUUGUGUGGACAUCACAGAGUGGAUCACUUCUUCUGUGAAGUUCCAGCACUGCUGCAAUUAUCGUGUGUUGAUACCCAUGCUAAUGAGCUGACCCUCUUGGUCACAAGUUCUGUUUUUGUUCUCAUACCACUUAUUCUCAUUCUCACUUCUUAUGGUGCCAUCGCCCGGGCUGUACUGAGGAUGCAGUCAAUCACUGGACUUCAGAAGGUCUUUGGGACAUGUGGAGCCCAUCUAAUGGUUGUAUCCCUGUUUUUCAUUCCAGUCCUGUGCAUAUAUCUCCAGCCACCAUCAGGAAAUUCUCAAGAUCGAGGAAAGUUUAUCGCCCUCUUUUAUACUGUUGUCACACCUAGUCUCAACCCUCUAAUCUACACCCUCAGAAACAAAGAUGUAAGAGGGGCAGUAAAGAGACUGAUGGGGCGAGAUUGA